AUGAGCUCUGCUUCAAAUCUUGAGCAGCUUUACUUAUCGGAGAAUAAUCUCAGUGGAAAUAUUCCUGACUCUAUCUCCAAUGUUUCUAAGCUCAGAGUCCUAGAUUUAGAUAGAAACUCAUUCUAUGGCCUUAUUCCAAAUACACUUGGGAAUUUGAGGUUCCUUGAGAUUUUGAACCUUCCGUCGAAUGAUUUGACCACCAAAAUUUCAACUCAUGGGUGGAGCUUUCUCUAUUCCUUGGCAAAUUGCAGGUAUCUAAGAAUUUUGGACCUAUCAUUCAACCCAUUGAAUGGAAUUCUUCCAACUUCUAUCUCAAAUCUUUCCACAUCACUUCAAAAAUUAUUGGUCGUUGAUUGCAAAAUUAGAGGCAGCAUUCCCAUGGAAAUUGGUAGCUUAAGCAACGCUAUAUUGUUAGACCUUUCUUCUAAUAAAUUGACUGGACCUAUUCCAACAACAAUAGGAAGGCUAAAAAAUCUCCAACUUUUGAAUCUUUCUGGGAAUAAGUUACAAGGCUCUAUCCCACACGAUCUUUGUGGUUUGGAGGGAUUGUACGAAUUAUCAUUGGGUGCUAAUGAGCUUGAUGGACCUUUACCGACAUGUUUGUGUGAUUUGACUUCUCUGAGACAUCUAUACUUGUUCUCCAACAAAUUGUAUUCGCAAAUACCUUUAACUUUUUGGAGCCUUAAAGAUAUCUUAGAAGUGGACUUUUCAUCAAACAAUCUUAGCGGCUCACUUCCACUUGACAUUGGAAAUUUGAAGGUACUUAUCUCUUUGAAUUUGUCAAGGAAUUUAUUAUCAAGUGAUAUUCCGUCCACAAUUGGAAGUCUCUAUGAUCUACAGGUUUUGAAUCUUUCUAGAAAUAGAUUACAAGGCCCUAUUCCAAAAUCAUUGGGUCACUUGAUAAGUUUGAAAAGCUUGGAUUUAUCUAACAACAAUCUCUCUGGAGUCAUUCCCAAGUCUUUGGAAAAACUUUAUGAUCUCAAUUAUUUUAAUGUGUCUUUCAAUAGAUUGGAAGGAGAAAUACCAAGUGGAGGGCCCUUUUUGAACUUCACAGCCAAAUCAUUCAUGAAAAAUUAUGCACUAUGUGGUUCACCUAGACUACAAGUCUCACCUUGCAAAAAUAAAAUCCAUCCAAAACUCAAGAAGACCGCUCUUCAUGCUUUGAGGUAUGUUUUACCAACAUUUGCUUCAAUAAUAAUAGUUGUAGCUGUCAUAAUUGUCUACAAAAAAGGGCAACGGGGGAAUAUGAAUUUGGCAAUGGUUAACGAUUUAAUUCCUCUCAAGAAAAGGAGAAGAAUUUCGUAUAAUCAACUAUUGCAAGGGACUGGUGGAUUUAGUGGGAAUAACUUACUUGGUUCAGGAAGUUUUGGCUCUGUAUACAAAGGAAUACUUUCAGAUGGAACAGAAGUCGCAAUAAAAGUUUUCAAUUUGCAAAUAGAUGAAGCAUUUAAGAGUUUUGACAUUGAAUGUGAAGUGAUGAGCAAUAUCCUUCAUCGCAAUCUUGUCAAGGUUAUUACUUGUUGUUCAACUAUUGAUUUCCAAAGCCAUAGUGCUUGA